AUGGGCGGACCGGCGUCUCCCCUCGGACAGGCCAAUAAAAUCAGAGUGCGUUGCAUAACAGGACUGCAGUCGGUGCAGGUUCACCUCCACACAGCGGUUUACCUCCUCACAAUGGCAGCUGCGAAGAAAGUCUGCAUCGUGGGCUCUGGAAACUGGGGCUCUGCCAUUGCCAAGAUUGUGGGUGCCAAUGCUGCUCGGAAUCCCAAAUUUGACAAUACUGUCAAAAUGUGGGUGUUUGAGGAGAUGGUGAAUGGGCGCAAACUCACUGAAAUAAUCAACGCCGAUCAUGAAAACGUGAAGUAUCUUCCUGGACACAAGCUACCAGCAAAUGUGCUGGCGGUGCCGGACCUGGUGGAGGCGUCCAGCGAUGCAGACAUUCUGGUGUUUGUGAUCCCACACCAGUUCGUUGGGAGAGUGUGUGACACAGUGAAGGGAAAGAUAAAGAGCGACGCGCUGGGAAUAUCCCUCAUCAAGGGUGUUGACGAGGGGCCUGACGGGCUCAAACUCAUCUCUGACGUGAUCCAGGAGAAGCUCGGCAUCACCAUGAGCGUGCUGAUGGGGGCCAACAUUGCCAAUGAGGUUGCAGAUGAGAAGUUUUGCGAGACCACCAUUGGCUGUAAGAAUAAAAACCACGGGGCUCUCCUGAAGGAACUCAUGCAGACCAACAACUUCCGAGUUACUGUAGUGGAGGAGUACGACGUGGUGGAAAUCUGCGGAGCCCUGAAGAAUAUUGUUGCGGUCGGGGCAGGUUUCUGUGACGGUCUGGGCUUCGGGGACAACACAAAGGCAGCAGUGAUCCGGCUGGGCCUGAUGGAGAUGAUCGCCUUCGCCCGCAUUUUCUGCACUGCUGGGCCCGUGUCCUCUGCAACCUUCCUGGAGAGCUGCGGCGUGGCUGACCUCAUCACCACCUGUUACGGUGGCCGCAACCGAAAAGUAGCCGAAGCUUUUGUUAAAACGGGCAAGUCCAUCGAGGAUCUGGAGAAAGAGAUGCUGAACGGUCAGAAGCUGCAGGGUCCAGCAACAGCGGCUGAGGUCUAUCUCAUCCUCAAGCACAAAAACCUGAUUGACAAGUUCCCACUGUUCAAUGCAGUAUAUCAGAUCUGCUUCCAGGGCCAUCCAGUCACAGAGUUCAUAAGCUGCUUGCAAAAUCAUCCAGAGCACAUGUAAAGAAGAAAAAAAAACACUGAGUGCCUUCUUAACAGAGAACAUGACCCCUUUUAUGUCACCUGCCAGAAAGAGUUGGAGGGUGACACGUCACUCCACGGCUGUCAUGCGACUGAACAGCUCCAGCCAGCAAAAUCAUGUUCAGGUUGCAUAACGUGUUUUUAAGUUCGAGCACUUUGUCCUUAACAUUCAGUUGCUGACAUCUUUUUUUUUUGUUUUUUUCUAAAGUGCGGUCUUUUAUUUCCAGACAUGUACUAAAACUUGUAGGAUAAUUGUUGAGUUUUCUUUCCCUCUGAUGGUCGGAUAGCUCUUUUAGCCUGAGAUGCAUGCGUUUUUUAAAAAGCCAUGUGAAAUCAGUAUGCAUGGUGUCAGUUUUUAAAUCCCAAUGCUAAUAUAGAAAUUCCGACUUCACAAGAUAUCACACUUAUUUGAAUUCAAACUUCAGAAGACGCGACAGUGACUGCAAUUCAGUGACUAACAUUUGUACAAUGUUUAUAUGAUACUACACAAUGCAUUCAGAUUUCUACAAGUUCCAACCACUCAGGGCAAAGAGUUAUUGACAGCCUUCUGAAGAGGGAUUUAUCCUUAUCGAAAAUUCAUGUUGCCGUCCAGUGAACGCCUGUCCAUCACCGCACAUUAUUUAAUUAUAGAUGUAAUACCUCACUUCGUCAUGUCUUUGUAUGCUUUAAGUGUCUUACAUAAUUCACAAGAACAUUUCCUGCCUUGUACUGUAUAUGAACAUGCUGUCGAUCGCACAGUGAGUGUUUUUAACAAAGAAAGCUAACGUGCCUUAAAAUGCAUGGUUGUUAAGUCUUGUUUUUGUGUUUAGGGUUUCUUUUCGCAGUCAAAUCAAAGACUCAAAGGAUAAAUUCUGGUUCAUUUCAACUUUGUGAGUACCAGUAAACCCAGUACUGUGGCUCUAUGUCAACUUUGUACUCACCACCUCUAUCAUAGAUAUUUUGGAGACAUGAGGAGUUACACAAAAUACAGAUUUAUUUGCCCACCAGAUGAAGACUAAAGGUGUAAUCCUGGCAUUUCUCACACACAUUUCACAUGGUAUUCUCCUCCCCUCCCACUAUCUAUUGUUACCAUUUUUAAAAUCCCCUUUAGUACAAACAGCAACCUUCAAACCGUAAGCUACACCUGAAAAUGCAAAGUGUUGCUCAAGAUUUGAUUGUGCUAGAAUGCAAAUAUACAACAAAAAGUUUCCCCUUGACAUGUUUUUGCAGACAUCAUCUGCAUACUGGAUUUAGUGCCAAGCAGCACAGUUGAUUUGUAAAAAUAAAAACAACCUAGAAGGUUUUUUUUUCCACCCCCUUAUGAAUGCUAAUGAGGUGCAGCCAGGCCAUUCUACAGCACUGUGGAGAUAGAUUUUUGCCGUGUGACACUACAAAGCAACAUGUCAAGGGGAUUUGUGUAAUUAUGUGAAAAUUACGUUUUUUUUUUUUGUUUUUUUUUUUAAAGCUACAAGGAGCUCACACCAGUCGCCCCAAUAUAUGCGGCCUCGAUUCCCAGAUAUCUGGAACAAAGGUGGAGAGUGUGAAGUUAUUUUGACCCAUGGAGCCACAAUAGCUGGUGAUACUAAUCCAAUGCACUUUGUCAAAUUUGUAAAUAUCUUCUCACAAGUCAUAAGCUUUACUUAUGUUCGUACACAGGCCUUGCUCUGUAAAUGGGAACAAAAUGGCUCGGACCAACCCACACAUUAUUAUUCCAGUGUUUCCUAUGCAUGUUCGUAGUGGAAAAGGAGGGGGAGGGAAGAUGUGGGACAGUGCAAGAGGGGUGGUAAACCUGGCACUUGUUAUCUCACUAAAUAUCAAAAUUCUGGGCCGCUGCUAUAGCUCAUUUGGUUGAGCUGGCAACCAAUGUAUAGGGGCUAUAAAAGGGGCAGCGGCUAUUUCACCUUUAGGGAUUUUUAUAAAUCCCUAAAGGUGAAAUAUUGCAGGUUGAAAUAAACCAGAAUUCUCCUUUAACAUACCGUCCAUCGAUUACGCCAUUUGUUAACGUGAUCCUGCCUGAACCAGUUUUCCCUCAGUUACAUCUAAUGCAUUGGAAAUGAUCCCAAUAUUUGUUUGUGAAUAAAUUAAUUCAGGUGUCAAA